UAAGCGCUUUGUUACGUUUACAUUGUAGGAAUACAUUUAUGGCUAAUUACGGUCUAAUAAAUUAUUAAUUAAGAACAGAGUAACAAAACGUUGCAAUAAAAGGGAACAAUGAAGUCCAAUUCGUGUAGCAGUAUUAAAAAUUACAUAUGAAUAUUAUUAGAAUAAAGUUAUUUAUACAGGUGAACUGAAUGUUGCCCACAAUAUGUCGUCCGGUUACGACGAGGGACCAGUAUAUUACAGGGAAAUACAAAAGAAUGCGUACCUUAAGAGGAUCCCCAAUGAUAUUAAUUCUAGUAAAAUCCGACCACUUGGACACAAGAAGCCACCUCUUAAACCAAUGUGGACAUUAUUUUGUGUCCACAAUGGAAGGACUCCGUUCCUGGAGCAGUACCCUGAACCGGACAGUCCCGCGACACUGGCACACCGACCGGCGUGGCGCGCCUGUCUCCGCAGCGCGAGACACGUGACGGCGAGCGUGAAGCCCCACGUGGGGGCGGAGUACGACUUCCUAGUCGAUACAGAUCAUGGUCCUGUGAGGAUGUUGGCACCAGAUUGGGAGUCGAUGCAAGACUGGGUUUCCAUACUUCGCGCGAAACUCCACGAACUGCGCAUCGUGUCCCGCGGGGAGAACGUGUACGGAGCCCCGCCCGUCGCCCCGCCGGCACGAGCCGCCGCAAGGGACCCCACCUCGCCUCUACCGCCCACACCGCCCGUGCCACCCGACAGGGUUCCAGGAAUCGAUUUAACUCCAAUCACUCGUCCAACAUUGGAAACCAAUGAAAGCACACGAGAGAACUCGACCCCAACCCCCCAACCACCGACACCAACCAUCCAACCGCCGACCAUCCAACCCGUACCAGAAAUCCCACCCACUCCCACAUCACUUAAUCCACAAGAUAUCCCGACCAGUACCACUCAAACAUUCCCAAACACCUCGAGCCUCACCAACGUGACUUCACUGACGAAUCUCUCGUCACAGGAUACGGAAGUGGACAUAUCCAACUGGGAACCCUUCUCCCUUCCAAGUACAAGUCGUGAUAACGAACCAAAGAAGGGUGUGGCUAAGAUCUGCGGUCAGAAUAUUUGUUUGGACGACUCGCUGUUCAAGAGAAAUGUAAUCGAUAGCGAUGAGGAGUUCUUCAAUGAGAUUGAUCGGAUAAAUGAUUCGGACAGCUUUGAUUUUAAACAAAGGGUUGUCGUUAAUAACGGGGAAACUUUAAAUAACGGAGAGAGUGCGCCUCAAAGGUCGAACGUAACAGUGAUACAAGUAUCGAAUAAGGGCCCCCCGCACACAGCGAUACCGGUCCUGGGCCCCGAAACAGACGUAUUCGAUUUCGAAUUCAAACAAAACCUCAGAAUAACACCACAGGAGAAUAAGACUAACUUCGUAAACAUCGUGAACACGGAAACGACAAGCGACAAUAGCUACGGUACCGUAUUCGACAAUCCCAACUCGGAAUACGGGCACAUAAGUUUGACGACAACUGUCAGUUUGACAGGACAAGACGUCAGCCCGGCCGUCAAUACAGGCGUCAACGUGACAGCUGUCAACGGUGACAGAGACGUGACAGUUAAUAGUGAUGGACUUUAUGAGAGAUUGUGUCUGGCUUCUACGUCGAACGUAACAGCGUCGCCGUUGUCGAUAAGGAGAAUAAAAGCGGAGAAAGUCAGGAAAUCAUCUCUACCUAAUCUAGAUCACGUUGAAUCGGACUACGAGUGUUUAUUUCCUAAUUCUAGUCAAUCUGGCAACACUUUGAGUCAAACUAGUGCGGCAAGUUCAACGCAAAACGGCAGGACACAUGAAGUUUCGAGGAAUGUGGACUCUGUUUCGAGGGGUUUAAGGUCGAACGUUGAACGAUCUCAAAGUCAGAACGCGUAUGAUAUAGCGCCGAGACAGAGUGCAAGGAGAGAUCCGAAUAGCAGUCCGAAAAGAGAAACUAAAACUGAAAAGCCGGAAAUGUCACAACCCAAGCCGAUUUGGAAGAGGGGUCUGACAGAGCUGUCCUUAUUGAGCAGGCUGCGAGGUAUCGCACAGAUUAAGAGACAAGAGAGUCCGACAAGGCAAGAGGAGGAACAACCGGUGACGUCACCCGCCAAAGUCGUCCACAGAUCGCGUCCCGUGGGGAGAGUAGAUAGCUUGAGGCGAAGGAGUAACUCUUUGACUAACUGUGUCGUCCCCACCGCGCCGUCGCUGCAGCCGCUGCGCGCACGUCAGGCGGCAGCACUGCGCGCGGAGCAAAGGCGCGGCGCGUGUGUGGCCACGGCAGUGCUUACGCGAGACGCGCCGCUGCUCUGCGAGUACGAACGACAAGUCUGGGUGGCGCGUUGGGGCGGCGCGAGCGGCGGCGCGCGGGUGUGCGGGCGCGCGGGGGACCGCGUGGCGGCGCUGGGCGGCGUGCCGGCGCACUCGCUCGCGCACGCGCGCGGCCUGCUCAAGCACGCGCGCGGACGGGUCGACCUGCUGUUCCAUCGCGUCCCGCUCGCGAAGAUAUACUUGAUAAACAAGAGGGAGGACGAGAGCCUGGGUAUCAAACUGGACGAGGAGUGCUGCAUCGUGUCGGUGGAGCCGCAGUCGGCGGCGGGUCGCGCGGGCCUGCCCCCCCGCGGCCGCUGGGCGCUCACCGAGGUCAACAACCGACCCAUCGACAUCGUCAAGGGAGGAGACGAAGAAAUGAAUCGACUGGCGUCGCACGGGACAGAAGUGUCGCUCCUCAUACAACCCGCUGCGCUCGUGAAGAAGAUGAGGGCCGCCAUCAAAGCCAGUAAACCUCUACUGUCUCUGAGAUGAGAAUCGUGUUCCGUAGCUAAGUUCGAACGGACAGACAUACACUGUCAAUGCAGCUGCUACAUAGACUGACUUAAUAAACACUUUAAUGUAUAUUUUAUAUAAUAUAAUGAACUUUUGAGACUUUUACAUAUUGUAUAGAACUCUGUUGAGACUAGGUUUACUUGUAAUGGCAGUGUUUUGAAUAUGGCAGCUAAUUUCAGCCAUAUUGCAUCGCAAUAAGUACAUAAUGUUUUCGUAUGGAGGGUAGAUAGGGGGGACUGUUAGUUGCCGCGAGUUUAUGGAUUUGUUUCGAACAAUUUUGUUUUAAUUUAAAUAUCAAUUCUAUCGAACAAAAUUGAGCGUCAAUUGCACAAUGAUUUCUGGUCUGGCGAUGUAAAAAGUCUCAGGAUCGAUCCUGACCCUUUGGGCUAUUCUCGUCCCAACUCCUAACACAAGCGAUAAGCUUAAAAGGAGCAUUGUAAUGGAAAUAUUACUGAUUCCUAAAUUAAUAUGACGCAUAGCUAUUAUAUUCUUAACAAAAAAAAUAGCAACGAGUCAUCUCCUAACCACUGUGUUAUUAUAGAGGAAUGACAAAAUUUGUUUUAUCUAGCACAGGGCUGUCCAAUACACGGCCCGCAGCCUCUGUAUCUUAUAUUGACGAAGUGACUUUUGAAUUUGUGCACCGUUUUGUAGAUGUGUUACAGAACUAUCGUUUGUUAACCUCGAAAACUAUUCAGGAUAUCGAUACUAUCGUUUUGAUCAAUACUAUCCAUACUAUCGAUAUCCAUGAGCAAUACUAUCGAUAGACUCAUCACUAUCGCUUACACCUAAACUAUCGAUAGUGGACUAUCAAUAUGCAACACUGUUUUGCAGAUUUUAAUUGUAUAUGGGCUGGACAGUCUUGAUCUAGUCCAACGGAUAUUAGGAAUGAAACCUUCGAGAGUGUUAUGUAGCGCUACACCCUGUUCAAGUUAGCUUGAGCUUUUUGCCAGACGGGCUAGUGAUGGGAAAUAGAAAAUAUAACAUAUAUAACAGUCGAUGGAACGAUGGAAUGCGUAAUUCAAAUUAGAAUUC